UGUUUCCUGCAGGUGGUACGGGAUCAGAUCUCCCACUGCACGGUGAAGCUGCGUCAGACCACCGGCCUGAUGGAGUACUGCCUGGAGGUCAUCAAGGAGAACGACCCCAGUGGAUUCCUGCAGAUCUCGGACGCUCUGAUCCGGAGGGUGCACAUGACGGAGGGGCAGUGGGGGAAGGGAACCCUCACCCCCCGCAUGAACAGCGACUUCGACCUGACUCUGGACAGCAGCCCCCUCCUGCAGACCAUCCACCAGCUGGACUUUGUGCAGAUGAAAGUCCCGGCGGCCCCCAUGCUGCAGCUGGAGGAGUGCUGCACGCAGAACAACAGUGCCACGUUGUCAUGGAAACAACCGCCGCUCUCCACCAUCGCCGUGGAGGGUUACAUCCUGGAGCUCGACGACGGAAACAUGGGGCACUUCAGGGAAGUGUACGUGGGAACGGAGACCAUCUGCACGGUGGACGGGCUUCACUUCAACAGCACCUACAAAGCCCGGGUGAAAGCGUUCAACAACAGCGGGCUGGGCCAGUACAGCAAGACCCUCGUCAUGCAGACCUCCGAGA